AUGCACCUCAAAUCCCUAACCCUCCUCCUCCUCCCCCUCCUCCACCAAACCACAGCCCAAGACCAAGUCCUCAGAGAUGAGCCCCAACAAUUCGCAAACAUAACCCACAACAACAACCAACUCUCCCUCUCCUCGCUCUUCGCAUCCGACUCUCUCUCCCCACGCGCCCUCACCUGCUCCCCCGGCUACGUAGGCUGCACAACCGAGACAAACUCGUGCUGCCCGUCCGGCAAAGACUGCUGCGGCGCCACCUCGUGCGCCUCCUCCCUCGAAGACUGCUGCUCGAGCGGCGGGGUGUGCCGGGCUGGCUUUAAAUGCUGCCCGGGGUCGGACGGGUGUGUUCCGAUCAGCGGCGGGGAGUGUUGUGGGGGUGGGUAUUAUUGUCCUACGGGCCAGAAGUGUCGGACUUAUAAGGGGGAGAAGGUUUGUUGUGCUUCUUCGGGGUGUAUUGGGGAGGGUACGGGCGCUGGAGAUGAGGACGAGAGUGGUGUGAGCAAUACGGAAGCUUCGACGACGAGUGUGGUUGAUGAUUAUGUUUAUUAUACUUCGACUAUUGUCUGGACAUACUGGUCUUACUACUGGACAUCUUGGUACCCCUACACCGAGCGAACGGUGACAUCAACUAAAACAACCACAUACACCGUCUGGUCCGUCUAUGCGAGCAACGGCGCGGAAGCGACGUCUUCGCUUGCAGCCGAGUCAUCGAGAUAUAACUUCGAGCCGCCUUUUACCGCGACGUAUCUCAGUGCAUCGACGGAUCCUGUUACGUUGUAUACGGGGGGUGCGGCUCCGACUGCUACUGGUCUCCAUAAUGGGAUUGAGCCCGGUGAGGAUACUGGUCUCCAUAAUGGGGUUGAGCCCGGUGAGGAUAUCGGUGUUAUGCCGGGGGCGGGAGCGGGGGCGGGAGCGGGGACUCCCGAUGGUGCUGCUGGACUGCGUAUCUCCGGGACUGGUGUCUUGAUUGCUAUUUUCGUUGCUGCUGUUGGUGGGUUGGCUUUUGGACUGUGA